GUCAAGAACUGAUUAAUGGAUUCUUCUGCAAGCUUUUAUGUUGCCACUCCCUUUGUGCUCAGUUCCUCCUGAGGUGAAAGCUGCUUACGUGGGCACCUACUGACCCAUCCUCCCUGCUGUGACUACACCUGUGGCCAGUGUUCUGGCACUAUACACCCGCAUUUUGGGACAUCAUGCUCCGCCUCCUCCCUGGCCAGAGGGAGAGGGAAUCCUGCACCCCAUCCUGCCAUCCGUACCAGAUAUCGUCCUACCUGAGAGCCUCCCUCAGCUUCUCACGCAGAACUUCCGCCUCCCUCCUGAAACCCUCCAGCUCCUCAUCUUCUUCGAACACGCCGAGGUCACCCCAUAACUCUGCCUGGCACGGUACGCCCGGUUCUAACGGAGACCGCCGGCCCCCCAUCCCGAUAGGAUGCUCCCAGCUCCUUGCCCGGCGGCGGGAAACGCAGGAGUCGGCGCGUUACAACCUGAGGGGACGUCGCGUAACCUGGAAAAAACGAAAGGAAUUGGGAAGUGCGGGAUCCGGGGCUGCGACCCCGCCUCCCCGCCCGGGAGCGCCGCGGCUGAGCCCCCUCUCGUCCGCGGGCCGCCGCCUCAGCCCGCCCCGGCCCGCACCAAUCAGCGCGGCCAGCGGCACUCGGGCCCGCCCACUCCUCCGCAGACAGCCAAUCAGACGCGAGGCCGGCGGCGCGCACAGCCGUUGUCAUGGCUCCGCUCGCCACUUCCGCCGCCGUCAGUUCCGCGGCGAUGGCGGCGCUGCGCGGGCGGGCGCUGCUGGCCCCGCUCGGAGCGCGGCUCAGGGCCGGGCCCCGCGCCCCGUUCCGCUCUGCCGCCUCUAACCCGCCGCUCUACGAUGUGGUGGUGUCGGGCGGGGGCAUGGUCGGGAGCGCCAUGGCCGCCGUGCUGGGGCAUGACAUCCACUUCCAUGAUAAAAAGAUUGCUUUGCUGGAGGCUGGUCCUAGGAAAGAAUAUGAUCACAUGCCAGACAGUUACAGCAACAGGGUCAGUUCCAUCUCCCCAGGAUCAGCUACCCUCCUAAGCAGUUGUGGUGCCUGGGAUCACGUCUGCAGCCUGAGACUCAAACCCUUCCGGCGAAUGCAGGUGUGGGAUGCUUGUUCAGAAGCCAUGAUCGUUUUUGAGAAAGAUGACUUAGAUGACAUGGGUUACAUAGUGGAGAAUGAUGUCAUUAUGUCUGCUCUCACGAAACAGUUAGAUGCAGUAGCAGACCGGGUGGAGGUCUUCUACAGGAGCAAAGCAGUUGGGUACACCUGGCCCCUUCCUUCCCAUGGCUGUGACACAAGCCCUUGGGUCCAAGUUGAGUUAGCUGAUGGACGCAGACUUCAGACCAAGCUGCUGAUUGGUGCAGAUGGUCAUAACUCUAUGGUCCGGAAGGAAGCUGAAAUUAAGAACAUUGAACAUCAGUAUGACCAGUCAGCUGUGGUGGCAACUCUCCAUUUAUCUGAGGCCACAGACAACAAUGUAGCAUGGCAGCGGUUCCUUCCCACAGGGCCAAUUGCGCUUCUUCCGCUGUCUGACACUGCCAGCUCUCUGGUCUGGUCUACAUCUCAUGACCAUGCAUCGGAACUUCUUGCCAUGGAUGAGGAAAGUUUUGUGGAUAGCAUCAACUCUGCCUUUUGGAGCAACAUAAACCACUCUGACUUCAUUGACACUGCUGGGGCCAUGUUUCGUUCUGCCAUUUCGCUGCUGAAGCCCUCAGGGACUGCAGUCCGUCAGCUGCCCCCAAGUGUUGCUGAGGUGGAUGCAGGGAGCAGAGCCAUGUUCCCCCUGGGGCUGGGCCACGCCACAGAGUACGUCCGGCCCCGCGUGGCUCUCAUCGGGGAUGCAGCACACAGAGUCCACCCACUUGCAGGACAAGGAGUGAACCUGGGCUUUGGUGAUAUUGCAUGUUUAGCUCAUCACCUCAGUGCAGCAGCCUUCAACGGGAGCGAUCUGGGCUCCUUAAAACACCUCCUCAAGUUUGAAACAGAACGUCAGAGGCAUAAUGUCUCCUUGUUAGCUGCUACUGAUGUGCUAAAAAGGCUGUACUCUACCACACUGGCUCCUCUGGUGUUGCUGAGGACAUGGGGAUUGCAAGCAACAAAUGCCCUGCCUCCUGUCAAAGAGCAAAUCAUGGCUUUUGCCAGCAAGUGAUCUGUUGUCAGUCUGCCUGUCAGUCAGCAGCUUGCCUAUGAAUGCCUUGCCCUUAAAAGGACUGUGACUUACUUGAAUCUUUGAACUUUUAUUUUAAUUUACAAUAAAACUGAGGGAUUGAGCUGUGUA